AUGACCGCGUCGAAGACCUGGCUGGAAGCGUUGACGCUCGACAAGCUACAUCGACUGGCAGGUUCGAUUGGUUCACCUUGUUCGGGAACGAAAGCUAUACGCGUACAAGGCAUCAGAGAGGCCAUAUCGAGCACGAAGAGAUGCAAGGGAGACCAGCUGAGCCUCCUGAGCAUUGACAUGGGAAUCAGAAAUCUUGCUUUUGCUCAUUUCACGGCAAAACCCGCUACCGAGACCACUUGUCUCUAUGGUCUACCAGAGUUGCACGCUUGGCACCGUGUUGCCGUCUCUCAGGCACCAAAGGGAUCAAAAGAUGGUCUCAGUCCGGGAAUCGUAGGUGAUCCGAUAAGUGAAGUGCGAACAGCGGCAGGCUUGCUUGACAAUGUCACAAAAGAAUCAUUCGAACCUAUCGACUAUGCUGGGCAUGCCUAUAACCUGGUCAACCACAUGCUGCAGACCUACAAACCAAACUAUGUCCUGAUCGAGAGGCAAAGGUUCCGUUCUGGAGGUCGAGCAGCUGUGCCUGAGUGGACGAUACGGGUAGGCGUCUUCGAAGGCAUGCUUUACGCGGUCCUACGGACAUUGGUUGAAAGCAGAAAGGUCAAGCUGGUUGUAGAGCCAAUGCAGCCUACCCAGGUUAACAGGUACUGGCUUGAAGGUCCUGACAGAACCGUGCCCGUCUCCGGGAAGAAAUUGACGGGCCGAGACGUCAAGCGAGCAAAAAUCGACCUGGUGGGCAAUAUUCUGGAAGGCCAAUCUUCAACUGCAAGGGUAAUUAUGGCUGAAGGCCUACAACCACUCGUACAACAAUUCGUCUCGGUCUGGAAGAAAGAAGUUCGGACAAAACGAGGGGAGAGCAAAGGCAUUUCCAAGCUGGACGACUUAGCCGACUCUUUUCUACAAGGCCUGGCUUGGAUCAAUUGGCAAAAUAACCGGCAACGUCUGGAUGCAUUAGGAGCAGAGGCUUUGAUCACGGAGUCUGGAUGA